UGACGUGUACACAUCGAACAGAACCGAACCGGUGAAUAUGGCAGACCAAAAAGGGAACAGCCCACCUCCUUUAUUGUUAUGUUCGACUAAUGAUAGUAUAACACCUGGAAUUUUUCGACCCGUGCCUGCAACAGCAUCGUUAUUUCCUACAGAUGAAGACGGUGAAGCGGAUAGCUUCUUGGGGCAGAAUGAUCCUCCAGAUCUCCAAGUAGGGGCUCCACCCCCACUCUCAAACCAACAAGCCACACCCUCAACAUUCUCCUACUUCCAGCAACAGCAGCAGACCUCGGGCCCUGCCCCAUCAGACCCAUUCGCAGGAAUAUCCUCACAGGGUCAGACAUCCUUUGCCUCGCCCUUGCCCCAACCUGCCCCACUGACGGGUCCUGCAGCUGUGCCAACAUAUGCACCGACAAACCAGUUUGGGCCACCGCCUUCAGUGCAGGCCCCACCCCAGGCAGUGCCGUUCACAUCAGCUCAGAAUAUACCCCCUCAGCCUCGUGGAGUACACUUUCAAGAUGAGCCCCCUCCAGGCCCACCACCUCAAGUCACCAGCUAUUCCCCUAGUGCUCCUCCUCCAACUGGUGUUCUUCCACCAAGUGCCACCCCUCCCUCUGGACAAGCUGGGGCAAGGUUUGGUAUUAAAGGGUACCAACACAAGCCCAUGGCAUACCCAAUAGAUGGUGUGACUCCAGCAAGCGGGCCCUUACCCCCAGGCAUUUUGGCGCCACCUCCAAAAUUACAGCAGUAUGAUGCAAGCAAACCACCUCCCACGUCAGCAGAGAUCCAGCAGCAGACCCAAUCCACCCUUGGAGGAUCCCCUAGGUCCGGGGGUGCAUACCAGACCAUCCAACCCCAUUGGUUCUACUGUAAGGAGAUGGAGAAAAGAAACGUCUGGGUGCCGUUCAGCAUCAUUGAUUCAAUCAAACUGGAAGAGGCCAUGCUUAGAGCACAAACUUCAUCGGAAAGCAACAUAAUCAUCUCCACCAAUGGAGGGCGCUAUGACGUGAGUCUGUCGGAGCGAUUACGGUUUGCCAUCUACUGGGAUGAGAAGCCUUCCCAGGUCAGGAGAUGCACAUGGUUCUAUAAGAGCGACAGUGAGAACAGAUUCAUUCCGUAUGAAGAACAGAUGGCUAAUAUGCUAGAGGAAGAAUUCCGGACUGCAACACUUCAGAACCAAUGGCACCGGAGACUGGAGCUCUCCGACGGUGAGACCAUCAUCAUGCACAACGCCAACGUCAUUGUCCACUUCCGACCCUCGGCCAGGCCGGACGAGUGGGGUGCAUCGCCGGACACUCAGAUGAGACCCAGGGUGGUCAAGAGAGGUGUUGAUGAUAUCGACAGCAUCCAACAAGGAGAGCCAAGUCAAGUGGACCAUGUAGUCUUUGUUAUCCAUGGAAUAGGACCAGUGUGUGAUCUUAGAUUUAGAACCAUCACAGAAUGCGUUGAUGAUUUCAGAUCACUAUCACUUGGUUUGAUGAGCUCUCAUUUUAAGUCAGCCCAGGAGGAGGGGAGAGCGGGGCGUGUUGAGUUCCUACCAGUGUACUGGUAUGCAGCGCUCCAUGGGGACGCGACAGGUGUCGACAGGCGGCUAAAGCGCAUCACUCUUCCGAGCAUCAACCGUUUACGAAACUUCACCAACGAGACACUCUUAGACAUUCUUUUCUAUACCAGUCCUAUAUAUGCCCAGCAGAUUGCUGAGGUGGUGUGCUCCGAGAUCAAUAAAUUGUAUGCCAAAUUCCAAGAGAGAAACCCUGAUUUCUGUGGCCAGGUCUCCCUUAUUGGACAUAGUUUAGGUUCCCUCAUCGCUUUCGACCUCCUCAAGCACCAGAAGGACGGUGAGGAGGUGGAGUCGGAAGAGAACCUCAUCAAGUCUGAGAUCUUCGCUGACAAACCCCCGACUCCUGAGUCCUCUGCGGAGUCCCUGACACCGUCCAGCAGCAGUGCGUCCCUCCUCAGCGGGGCCACGCUGGACGAAGGUCCCGCAGUCAUCACCCUCGAGGAAUCCCUGGAAUCUAUGGGGCUUCUGGACCUGCUACCCAAGUUUGAGGAGGAAAGGAUCGACAUGGAAAGUCUGCUUAUGUGCAGUGAUUCAGAUCUAAAAGAGAUGGGAAUUCCCCUUGGUCCCAGGAAGAAGCUUGGGGGCUUCCUUCGAGAUCAAGCAGCAAAAGAGGCAAAGCGAAAGGAAUCCCUGAUGCAACAAGAACAGGCCAAGGCUGAACAGAAAGCUGUGGAGGAGGAGAGGCGGAAACAGGAAGAGUUGGCGGUUUCAACGGCAGUACAACCCUCCUCCAGGAAUGCUCUUCAUGCUGCAAUGUCUGUUCAUGUUGACUAUGAACCAGGGCUAGAGGGUGUUGGGCAACCAUUUGUAAACUAUCCUCAGCUAGACUUCAAUCCAGCCUGUUUCUUUGCCUUGGGUUCUCCGAUCGGUAUGUUCCUCACGAUAAGAGGUGUAGGUAGGGUGGGCGAGAACUAUCGACUGCCGACCUGCCCUUUCAUGUUCAACGUGUUCCACCCUUUUGACCCUGUGGCAUACCGUAUAGAGCCCCUGAUUCAUCCAACCUUAGCAGAUAUCAAACCUGUUCUAAUGCCUCAUCAUAAGGGAAGAAAACGACUUCAUCUUGAGCUCAGAGAAAGCCUCUCCCACUUUGGGUCCGAUCUCAAGCGCAGUCUUAUUGAGUCAAUGAAAAAGACAUGGAACACCCUACAUCAAUUUGCCCUUGCCCAUCGGACAGAAGAGGAACAGGAAGAAACGGAUCCCAACACUGUCACGGAUGAGCAGAUGGAAGCGGUUGCCGAGCAACUGAGUAAACAGCAGCUAGCCAAUCAGCAAACUGAAGCAGACGGGCAGUCAAGAGAGCAAGAAGAGAACCUAAGACUUGGUCAGUUGAACGGAGGGAAGCGAAUUGAUUAUGUCUUACAGGAAGCACCCCUAGAAAGCUUCAAUGAAUAUCUCUUUGCUAUGAGCAGUCACGCGUGUUAUUGGGAGUCCGAGGACACAGUAUUAAUGGUGCUAAAGGAAGUCUAUGGAGUCUUAGGAAUCUACCCUCAACUAUCAGCACCAAGAUCAGAUUCAACACCUAGUACCCCUCUCAGAUACUAGUCUUGUCUCAUGGAGCAUUGCUAGAAUCUUGCAAUCAAUUCCAAGUCAAUUUGGGGUCUGAAAAUCAUUCACAACUCUUCAAGUUAAUUGCAAAUAAAAUUGCAAAUUUGCACUCAAUUGCUGGUCUGCUUUUUAAAAGGAAAAGUUCAAAUUGAUUUGCUCUUUUUUGAUUUGAUCUAUCAGUUGUAAAUUGGCAACAUAAUUUUUUUUGCAAUUGAUUGCAAGUAUUUUAUUUCAACGCCCCCAUGAGACUGGGUUAGAUUGGUAUGAAGCAAUGUAGACAUUUUCAAGUCCAUGGACCCAGUUGCAUUGAAUUUUACUUCUAAUAGUAACUGCCAUAAAUGAACCAACAUGUUAAUAAGGGUCAAGGUUUCCAUUGCAGUUAUCAUCAAUGGCAAAGUUACCAUCGAUUGCAGGCUUCAUGCAACAGGGUGCUAUUUGUGGCCCUAUUUUGGAAUAAACUGUCGAUAUAGAUGUUGAUUUAAUCCUGUUCUGUCUUUGUUCCAUGAAAUGUGUCAUCUCUUUGGUAUGGGCCCAAACAUAAAAUUCAGGCCAUCCUAUUUCACAUGUAUGUUUUGAUCACUUAAGAAUCCAACCUUAUACGCUUCAAAGGCCUCUUGAUUUUGUUGUGUUAGAUUCAUGGACGUAGGUUGUUGUUUAAUAAUUUAUCUUUACUUCAAAACUCAAGGCCUAAUUCACCUACAUGUACAGUAAUGCCACAUACAUGUAUCUGUCAUAUAUUUCCUAAACUCUCAUUGAUAUUUGUUAUGACAUCUGUUUUAUAAGGUUAGGAUCCUGCCUGAUUGUUAAUGACUACGGAUAAGACAUGGUAUUUCAGUCUCCUCUAAUUUGCAAUAUCAAAACCUGUUUAGGUUACAGCUUGGAAGUUUUGAGGUGCCAUGUGUCUAGAAAAAUUAUAUAUAAAAUUUGAGAUGCCAUGAAUUCAUAAAAUGUUUUCAUUUUAAGAUAUAAGAUUUCCAACUCAAGGUAUGCAAUGUCCAAAAUUGUUAAGAAAUGAACAGGAUUGUUAUGUAUUAUGCCCUCAUUAUAUUCAUGAACCAUUGAAUAAUGAUUGUUAAAAGGAGGAGAUAGGGGAUUCAUAAAAAGACAUUUAUUCAAACUAAACAUUGUUUUGAAAACGCCAUAUAUUUAUGCAUUAGAAGUAAAAUUGUAGGUUGAUAUUAAUUCAACCAGAUAUUCUCAGCAGUGUUCCCUGCAAUAAUUCACUGUAUAGUUUAUAGUUUAGUGUAUGCCAAAACUACUUUUUAAAUGUUAAUCUUUAUGGAUAUUUGUCAUGUCCUUGAAAGCAAAAAAAAGUUAAAGAACAUUUCCAAAAAUUAUAUAAAGGUACUCUAUGGAGGGUACGUACAAAGUAGAACAGUAAAUUAUACUAUAACAUUUAUUUAUUUGCAUGUUAUAAUAUUGUGUCAAAAACCUGGAUGUAUGAUGUGAACAUUCAAAGAAAUUUGUCCAUUGUUGAAUUGGGUCAUCGGGGGGGGGGGGGGGGGGGGGGAGGGUGGUGCAGCUUUAUUUUUAUUUUUUUUCUGAACACAUGCACACAUUGGUACCAAUAAUGCCUGUGGCAUUCCAUUCAUUUUGAUAUAGGCUUAAAGUGCACUAUCGAUUGAAUGCUUUGCUUAAGGGUAUAGGUGUCGUGGCAGGGGGUUGAACCGCAGAUUUUCAUGCAUCUAGUCAGGCACCCGAGACCACUCUGCCAAAGUAACUUCAAAUGAAGUUGCAGGAUGUCCUGAAAAAAAACAUGCUCUUUUGCUAUGGUUCUUGUUUAAUUCAAGUUAGUCCAGGAUGGGGGGGGGGGGUAAAUUAAUUAACCAAUUGUUCAUUGCCCUAUUUUCUUUGCAUAGCAUCUAUGUUAAACAUUGUAUGUAGAUAUAUAUUAUAUUUAUUCUCUUGGACAAUUAUUUAGUUGCCAAUAGAUUUUUUUUCAUUGUGAUCUUUAUUUCAAUCGUUACAUUUAGCAACUUCUCUGCAUUGAUAUGCAUAAGUACUACAUAUCUUUAAAUUUAAAGUAAUGCCAGAAUCUGUGCUUAUCGUAGUUUGACCGACACUGCUAAAAUUCAUAUACAUGCAUGGCAUUAUGCAAAUUCAUGAUUUCCUCGGAUACUCCCAGGCAUAACUGAGGUUAAUACUUGCUGAAAACAUAUUUUUAAACUUCUGGAGCUGAAAGAAUGUCAAAAUUCCAUAAUUUUAAACAUCAAAGAAAGUAUAGUAUACCCAUUAGUUGUAUACUGUGAUGUGUCAAUAUUUCAUGUACAUGAAUACAGUGGAGUUCACUUUCAAAGAAGUGUUAUUAGAAACUCUUAUGUGUUCUUGUAGGUUAUAUACUAUUCCAUCACUUGAAUGCUGUUUGUUUUCACUCUUCAUAAACCAUAGUAUUAUCAUAACAGAUUCAAAGUUUUGACUCUGAUGGAUUUUGUUACUAGGUUCCAUAUAUGUCAUGUUAUUCUCCUUUUAUUUUCACAUGGGUUGCUCACUAUUGCCCAUAUUGCCAUAUUUUACUUUCUAAAGCCUUGUUCAAAUGAUAUUGUGUAACUCAAUUGUUGUGGUUAUGAUGAAAUAAUUCUCAGAAGUAUAUAUACUGUAAUAAGAACAAGAGAUUAUUCUUGUAUUUACUGCUAUUACAUGAAAUGCACAAACCUUUUUAAAUAAUGGAGGGUGCAUGAAGGAACAAUUUGGUUGUUCAGAUAUAUGUUAAUUGUUGAAAGAAAUUUAAACUGUGAUACAGGGAUCAAUAUAAAUAUGAAUCCUUGAUCAUAUUUACUGUUCUAAUUGUUGAUUCAGAGAAUGCAGCUAUUAAAGAAUACAUAUUAAAAUCUAAUGCUAAAAGUUCA